AUGCACAGGCUAUCUAACAUCCCACUUUACACCAGCAUAGUUGAUGUUCAAGUGUCAAUAAUGCAGGUGAUGUUUAGUCUUCCUUCCGCCGGCAAGUCAUCAAUUAUGUUGGAUGUUAAGCCAUGGGAUGACGAUACUGAUAUGAGAUUGCUUGAGGAAGCAUUGAGGAGCAUUGAGGUUGAGGGCUUACAUUGGGGAGCUUUUAAUCUCGUACCUGUUGGAUAUGGCAUUCAGAAGAUGACAAUCAUGCUUACGAUUGACGAUGACCUUGUUUCUGUGGACUCUCUGAUUGAGGAACGUCUUACCGCAGAACCUAUCAAUGAAUAUGUGCAAAGUUGCGAAAUAGUUGCGUUCAAUAAAUUAUGAUUGCAGUGCAGCAGAGCAGGAGUGGUUUGAAGAUCUUUCAGUUGUGUUUGUAGCUCAAUGCCUCAAUAUUAGAUUACAUUUCAUUUCU